CAACACAAUCAUUCCAUUCAUUCGCAAAAAACCAAGCGUCCGCGUCGAUCCUAAACGCCACCGGAGAUCCGUAACAUUUUGUUCGUUCGGUUCGAUUUCUCGUUUCGGUUUGGGUGGAUGUUAUAGCAAACAGGCUACCUUCGGUUUCUGCUUUCUGGUUGACGCUCAGUUCUGUUGUCCUCGUAGCCGUAUAGUUUGCCUUCCCUUUUUGGAUUACCAGAAAAACACCAGCAACACCAGCCGAGAGACAGCGCGGAAACAAAUAUAUAUUUGACUUACUGUUCAUCUAUAAAGCGUUCGCCUAAGACGUGUGUUAUCAUCAUCACUCGCGAUUGUUCUGCGUUGUGCACCGAAAGUCAUCAACACCGCGUUGAACGAGUCACACAAGCUUGAGUGUAGUGAGUAAUCGAACGAAUCGAUUGUUGGAAGAAGAAAAAAAAGCCCAAAAAGUGCGCCGAUGAUUCAUAGCCGUCUGCUUGCGGGCUGGAACCACAGUGGUGAUUCAGUUUUCAUCAUCCAUAGGCAAGUGGUUGCGAAGUAGGCGCGCGCACUAUUGUGUGUCGUGUCAGUGGAAGUGGAUCAUCGUAGCGAAGACGGCGAACGGAAACACGGCUAAAUCACGUCAGCUGAAGCAUUUUCCAUAGAGCAGUGCUGCUUUCCCUAAGAAAAGCGUGUAAAGAGUGAUUGGUUUGCCCUGUCGUAAGGUUCAUAUCCAGUAGGGGAAGAAGAAACACAGCACAAACCCUUGGCGGUUUAGCAGUAGCCCCGUGCAUGGAAUACACAGUGAAACAGGGCUAGUACGAAGCAAGUUUCUUCUAGUGUCCGCACUGGGUUGUUGCGUUAACAACCUCGAUCGUGAAACAAACAAGUUCGCAGAACAGCGAAUACAAGUGAGGGAGGAAGAGUGAGAGGAGAGGUGUAUGCGAAAAAAAUACCUUACAUAACGAGGCUCUCUUAUGAUGAUGAGCGCACGCGAGUGCAUACUGCAGGUGUGAUUCAUUUCGGUUUGAGCAAGUCGGCAAUCUAGUGUAGAGAGCAGUAACGCAAAACAAGAAGAAAAAGAAAAAAACAGCUAUUGCGUGUUCUGCUAGUAGUCGUGUGCAAAUCGCAUCAACGCCAGUGCCUCCCAGCUGUAAAACCGUUCGGUGGCACAUCAUUCUUCGUACAAUUGGCGCUCGUUAAGCUGCGUAAGCUGCGCAAAGCGAUCUGGCUAAGAGCAUCUACCAAGUCGCGAAUGUCGCAUCGUGGUAAUAGUUCGUUCUUGUUCUUGACAUCCGCGAGUGAGUUCGGUGUUUUAUCGACCAAGUGUGGAUGUGUGUACGUGCCUAAAGCUCUUGUUGAAUAGUGACGUGAAAGUUCCCUCCCCCCCUUCUCCCCCGUUUCCCUCAAGAUCACCUGUUAGGGCCAUUAGUUCCACCCCCUGGUAGUGCCUUGUCCACCCACCGGUGAUCAUCAAGUGUAAAGAUAAAUACAAUCACCGCAACUGACAGGCGCCCCGGACCCAGCUGCCCGAGUGACGCCGACGACGACGAACCGCUAGCAGCGGGCGCAGCCUCAUCCGUCACGCCGGGCAGUACCGGGCGCAGCAGCAGCAGCACCAGCAACCCCUUCAAAACGUCCAGCAAAAUGAGAAUGAAACAUAAAUCGCCCUGCCUGAUGCUACGGUUUAUGCCGACAGACAAACACGCCAUCCACGGUCAGCACAAACGGCACAAAGAUAGUUGCGAUGAUUCAUCCAUUGCCUCCAGCACCCGAGUUCCUCUGGCGCGCAGCUGCUCUAGUCCUGCGGUAGCGUAUGACAUCGAAUCGCACCCAGCAUCACACGUUUUCCCCCAUCUGCUGCUCGGCAACGGUCGGGACGCGAUCGAUCCGUCAACUGUCGGUGCAAACUGCGUACUUAACGUCACCUGCCAGCAGCCGAGUGGUCAGCUGAAGCCCGGCCUCAAGUACAAACAGAUCCCGGCCAGCGACACGCCGCAUCAAAACAUCAAGCAGUACUUCCAGGAAGCCUUCGACUUUAUCGAGGAAGCCCGGAAAAAGGGUUCGACCGUGCUGCUGCACUGUCAGGCUGGCAUUAGCCGCAGCGCUACGAUCGCGAUCGCCUACGUCAUGCGCUACAAGGGUCUGUCGCUGAUCGAGGCAUACCAGCUCGUGAAGCUUGCCCGCCCAAUCAUCUCUCCCAACCUCAACUUCAUGGGCCAGCUGCUCGAGCUGGAGCAAAAUCUAAUAGCGGAUGGCAAACUGGAACCGCCGCCACCGUCCCCGACGAUGGCUGCCCCACCGACCAGCCAGCCGCCGUUCUUCCUCAUCGAUAACUGCGGCAAGUUCAACCCGCUCAACGAAGAGGAGAUGGUGGCCACCCGCCGCCAGCUACGGUGUGCGGCGGCCGCCGCAGCAACCACGCAGGACGGGAUCACGGCCGAGGAGCCGGACACCCCAAUGGAGGGCGAUGCGGACGAUGAUUGCAAGAACAACAACAACAACAACCGCGACAGUGGAUGCAGUGUGGCCAGUUCGUCCUCAUCUGCCUCGUCCAGCUCCUCGUCGUCGCUGUCGACCGCCAGCUAUCGGUGCGGAUUCAACGGAGGUCGAUUUGUGCCACCACGGUUAACGCUGAAACUACCGACGACACCGACAUCACCUCCUUCGUCCCCGUCGCCGCUGUCCGCGUCCUCGCUGUCGUCCACGCCAUCGCCCACACUUGCCAUAUCGCCGACCAUGGGCGUACCGUUGACGAUGGGGGCUAGAAAGUUAGCGUCCUUUAGCGUACCGCACCGACCAUCGAGCCUGGCAACAGGGAUGACACCGAUGGCGACGGUACCGGGAUGCGCGACGCCAAACCCAUCAACCACCUGCCAUUCGCUGGAUGAUCAUCGCAACGCAAACGGUUCCUGAUGGGCUCGGAAACGGCGUAAAGCGUCCAAGCGCGGGAGAUAGUGAGAAUGGUAAAUGUGCACAACCGGCCUUCUUUGGGGAGCCGCAGCAGCUGCCAGCAGUGUAUCAUUUGCUUCUCGUCCUUCUCGACAUCCUGUAAAUACAGUGUACACAGCAGUGUUUCACACAGAGGAAGGUUUAGUUUUGUACGGCUGCUAUAACACAAUGCUUUAAAUACGGUGAACUAUGUGGGGAGCCACAAAACCAUGCGUGUGAUAAAACUGGGAGAAGAUAACCACACCCCCCCCACACUCCCAAUCCUACCCCGUUCCCUACGUUCUCACGUUAAACAGCGAUGAAUUGAAAAAGAGAUCACGGUUUGGGCAGCCUCAAUCUAAUCUGCUUUAAUUUCCUUACUUUUUUAUGUACAUAGUUUCCCAGAUCGAUCUCGUCCGGUCGUGUCUAAUUCUAUUUUCUAUAUAAGCAAAAUCCUCCCUCCGUACUUUAUAAUUAGUGGAUGGAAAACCCUACAUUGCUCUAGAGUUGAUUGCGCCAUUGCUUUUUAAAUCAGUACAACAGAGUUUUAUCAUUUCGGAUGUUUGGAUUCAUUUUUUUACUUCUUAAACUUCUUUUUUGAAAAAUAUCCUUCCCGUAUUCCACUCUAAUUUCAUAUCUGUAAAUGACCAAUCAUAUCCUGUUGCAAAGUCUUUGCGUUUUGGGCCAGCUUUUACCUAAUAGCACAAGUGCAGCUCAAGGUUAAAAGGCAAAUAAGGACAAAAAAACAAGCCAUAUCAUAAAAUGUAUGCGGCGAAACGUCAGCUCGCUUAAGUGUGCGCAUACCUGUUAAACGAUUCCUGUUAUACUGAAGAUAUAAAGUUGUGGGUCCACAGUUUGGGGAGCGUUACUUUAAAUUGGACGGAUAUGGUGUGAGUGCGUGCGUGUCAUAGAUAAGAGAAAGAGAAGUAUGUGUGAAUAUGAGAGAGAAAGAGAGAGCGAAAGAGAGAGAGAGAGAGAGAGAGAGAGAGAGAAAGAGAGAGAGAGAGAGAGAGAGAAAGAGAAAGAGAAAGAGAGAGAGAGAGAGAGAGAGAGCAACUCCCCCGUGUCAGAUGCAUUUAACUACGAAAGAAGCAGUACAAUAAUGUUGCACACAGUGAUCAUACACUCGGCUAACAACACAAUGCAUCAUCCGCGCGAACAUGGUCCAGCACAACAGGAAAUGCAUUAGAUGGCAAUGAUAACUAUAUGACGGAAUCGACAAUAGAUAGCUUGUAUGUGUAGGGUAGGGUAGGGAAUUGAAUUGUGCAAAAAACAGCAACACAAUACGCACGCACGCACGCAUGCAUGCAUGCACGCACGAAUGUAGUUAAAUUAAACUUGUAAUAUAAAUGCGCGUACCUUAAAUUAGAUUUUAAAUUGAUUUGAAAACACUAACGAGAGUUUAAAUAUCUGAAAUGAAAGCAAACAAAGACGUGGCAGGUAGGACAGGAAGAUGGAUCGAACCAAUUUAGCACUAAAAGCGAGGAUAGUACAGUUAAGAUGUUUAAUAUGUGUGUGUGUAUGUGAUCCUUGUCAAAAUCUGCAACAAUACCUGCGGCUUAGGUGUGGAGGGUGUUGAACAGAAUGCAGAUGCAACAUGAUUGUGUGUGGGGUGCAGUUUUUUUCAGUCUCUGUUGUUUACUACUAUUCUUGUAAGAUAGAUGUAAAAAAAAUCCCACCAGCCCAUGUAAUCGACCUGAUCGUCGUAACCAUGGUGAAAGCACAGGUGGUGUGGUGGUGGUGAUGAUGAUGGAUGCUGCUGACGGGCGGGGUCAUAGUAAUAGGAUGUUUUUGGCAUGCAUGAUACUAUUGGUUGAUGGUUGAUGGCCAUCACCGUCGUAGCAUGAUGUGCAGUUUUUAUGUUGAUGUCGCUGAUUUUCCUAUCUUUCUAACAUUUGAAGCAAACGACAGAAACAAAAUAUAACGUCAAGAACGAUAAGAUAAACGCUACAGAGAAGUGACCCUUGCGAAACGAUUGUGAGCAACAAUAAUCAGGCGUAGCAAAGAGCAGGAACAUAAAAUAUAGAAGGUAACCCCGUGUGGGUAAGUGUGUGUGUCUGUGGGUUGGCACGGCGUACGUGCGCCUCGUGCUGCUGCUAUCACAAGAAGAGAAAAACAAACCUUCUUUUUUGCCACAGACAUACCACACAGGUGUCAGAUACACAAGCAAUAUAAGAACGGUUUGUUUUUUGUCAUCUUUUGCGCACACUUUUGCCUCCUUCCUAGGUCGGAAAGUAAUUAGUCUAUAAAAAAGUUCCAACACAAACACACAUACAACAACAACAACAACAAACCAAAUGCUAGUCUUAUUCUUUAAGUUCAGUAAGAAACCCAAGGGCAGAGAACUACAAACCACAGCUUAUUGCUGGGAGUUGCUAGUAUGUAACGACUGUAAUUACUCCUACUACUACUAUUGCUACUGCUACUACUAUUAUGAUGAUUACUACUACUACUAUUAUGAUUAUUUUUAAUAUUAUUAUUGAUCUAAUUAUUAUCCUUUGUAUGGUAAGUGAGAGUUGAAACGAGAAGUGAAAAAACAAACACCUACACGAUAAUAGUGAAAAUAAAUGAAAAUACAAAAGAAUUUUGUCAUUUGAGGAAAAAAGAAAA